GUAUACUCAACGGCAUCUCCGACGAGUGGAGCCCCAUGACGGAUCCUUACAUUCCAGUCAACUUCUCUCCGAAGAGCUUCGAGGAGGGGAAGCCAAAGUGCAAGGCUGCAUUGCAGAAGGAGUUGGGCCUCCACCAGGACGGCUGCCCCCAAGGUUGCUGCGCAGGCGCUUGUGCUACCAGAAGGGCAUACAUCUGA